UUGAGCAACUGUCUGCCGUGACUUGAACACGUCGAACUUUACGUCUCGCAAACACUGACCUUUCUCUGCAAUAUAGUGCAUUUAAGUAGGACCGAGUUAGUGAUAAGGUGCUUUAAGUUUGACAAGAAAUAGACAAUUUUGUUUAUCUAGAAAUAAAAUUCUUGGACACUGUAUAGUGAUAGUGUAACGGUGAAUAAUGAUCAAAGUGGAACCACCACCGCCGUCGAUUAUGAACGCCCAAACUGUAUUUGGUAUGGCUCGUGCUCCGCUGAAGUCCAGCUUCUCCAUCAAUGCCAUCCUGCCGGAGACCCUGGAGGACGCAUCACCUACAUCAACACCCAGCCCUACACCCUACCACUCCCCAAUGGGAUCGGAACAGGAUCUCACGGAUACUGAGAGUGAUCUUGACGUUACGGGUACCCCACCUCCCAUGGAUUGCUCAAAUGGUGCCCGUAUUAAGGAUGAGAUUAGGAGUGAAAAUGGAACGUCUAGUCCAUCGUCCAAAGACGAUGAAAGUGCAAGUACUGGUAAUGAGAAGAAAGGCAAUGAGAAACCACCUUAUUCCUACAAUGCCCUCAUCAUGAUGGCUAUCCGACAGAGUCCGGAAAAGAGACUCACCCUCAACGGCAUCUACGAGUACAUCAUGAAGAACUUCCCUUACUACCGGGAUAACAAACAAGGUUGGCAGAACUCCAUACGACACAACCUAAGCCUCAAUAAGUGCUUUGUUAAAGUGCCUCGCCACUAUGAUGAUCCCGGCAAAGGGAACUACUGGAUGCUGGAUCCAUCGGCCGAAGAUGUCUUCAUCGGAGGAUCAACGGGUAAACUUAGACGACGCACAACAGCAGCUUCUAGAUCACGUUUGGCUGCUUUCAAGAGAUCUCUAGUCGGACCUAUAUUUCCCGCCGCUGCCCUAGGCUACCCGCAAUUUGGACAGUUCCUGUAUCCUCAGCACGCAGCCGCCGCUGCAGCUGCGGCUCCAGCUCUCUUGGCCUCAAUGUAUACGAGGUACGGGCCCUACACACCGAGCCUAGCACCCAAACCACCAACUCUACCACUCUCACUGCCUUUCCCUGCCGCUUCUGGCUUUGGGAUGGAGAGACUACUAACCACCCAAUCACCCCCAACAUCAUCUGCCGAGCUGUACCAAAGACUUCAGUACCAACAGCUAUUGCAACAACAUGCUGCAGCCCAGCAACUUCAGCACCAUCCACCACCUUCAUUGCCGCCAUCUCUGCCCCAGCUCAGUCCACCGAACCCGCCUCAAAUCCCACCACAUACGUCAUCAUCGAGUCCCACGCAUCAGAAUCCGUCGCCCAUCUUCAAGCCCAUCACCGUUGUCUCGCGGCACAGUUGAAUCGUACGACAGUGUGUACCUUGAGUGAUAAUCUGCCUCAUUCCACUCGAUUAUGUAAGUCUCCAAUUUCGGAGAAUUUUACUCUCAUUAGUGCAAAUAGACAAAGACUUUUUAAAGAGAGAAAUUUUGUGUGAAGUCAUUAGUUUUUUUCCUUCGUUGGAUUGUAAUCCAAAGGACAAUUUGCAAUGCUAUUUGCUUGCAAUUAAUCUUAACUUAUGUAUAAUGAUCACAAAAAUUCCCCUCAAGUAUUGUUUUCUUCGGUGAAACAUUCAAAAAGAAAAA